GGAAGUUGGCAACAUUCUAGAAUUUUAUCAUAUCGUGUGGUGAAAUAAUCAGUUUUUUACAAACGGAAAAUAACAUAAAAAGUAUAUUUUCUUCCAAUUUAAAAGAAAAAAGAGUUAACAUAAAAAAUAAGUCUUCUUGUGCAGCAUUCUUUUUAAAGGCUCUAAAAACAAAAGUACCAAUUUGUAUACUGCAGUUUACAUGAUUACUUGCAUGCCUAACUGUGCGUGCUAAUAUAUGUUUUUUUGACUGUACCUUGGUUGAUUCCCUAAGUUGCCUGUUUGGAAAGAAAAAUUAUGGCUAAAGUUCAUAUAACAAAUGUUGUGGUAUUAGAUAAUCCUAGCAGUUUUUUUAAUCCAUUUCAAUUUGAGUUAACCUUCGAAUGCAUUGAAGAAUUGAAGGAAGAUCUCGAAUGGAAAAUGAUAUACGUUGGGUCCGCAGAGUCUGAAGACUAUGAUCAGGUAUUGGAUACUAUAUAUGUAGGUCCCGUACCUGAAGGCAGACAUAUAUUCGUGUUCCAAGCCGAUCCGCCAGAUGUCACUAAAAUACCCGAACCGGAUGCAGUGGGUGUUACAAUAGUCUUAUUAACUUGCUCGUAUCGAGGUCAAGAAUUUGUGCGUGUAGGUUAUUUUGUAAAUAAUGAUUACGCGGACCCAGAAAUGCGUGAAAAUCCGCCAUCGAAACCUAUGUUUGACAAACUUGUACGUAAUAUAUUGGCUACCAAACCACGGGUAACACGUUUUAAAAUUAAUUGGGACGACGCCGCCUCGAAUGACUUGACAAACGGCAAUGGUCACGACGCUGUAGAAAACCCUGAUGAUGACGAUAUGCAGUGCUCAAGUGAAUCAGAUGCUGUUUUAGCGGCUUCUUCAAACGUACAUUUGGCUGCCGAUAAUACCACAGGAACAACCACAUUAACAACCGUACCCGAAGCUACCAUAGACGAUAACAGUUUAACUAUGCCUAUAGGAUGUGGUGUAAAUGCUCUUAAUGAAAACUCAAAUUCUUUGGCAAUGGAGUGCUAGGUAUUCCCUCCUUUUUUUUUAAAUGCCCAAGAAUUUUCGUAGCUCUUCAUAUCUCAUUCGCUUAAUAUCCAAAAUUAGAACAUAUUUUUUCUUUCUUGAGUGAAAUGAAAUUGUUUGCAAUUUCUCGAUUGACAGAUUUAAUAGAACUUUUGAGUUGCCGAUUUUCAUUCUUUUUUUUUUAAUGCCUUGUAUGUCUAGAAAUUGGCCUUAAUUCACUCUCUGUUUUAUAAUUAUUUUAAUUCAUAAUUUAAUAAAAUCUUAGUUGUUUUCCUAUGACCGAAA